ACAAAACUUUCGACCUUGGGUAGUUAACCUAAUGUGCAUGUGUGCUAACCUAUCAUUUUAAUCAUACAUCCAAAGAAAUCGAUCAUUCUUCCAAGGCUAGCAUCUGGAUAACAAAAAUAACAGAUGCUAUUAAGGUUCAGGUAAUUAUCUCGAAGGCCUAUCUCUUAUAUUAUAUUUAAUCAUUUCGGGCGGAUUCCAGAUCAUUUUGCUUCGGAUCAGUCUUGCUAUCAACAUCUUCGUUCAUCUCGCUGAGGUAGACAACAACAUGACGUGGCAAGUAGCAAUCGCUCUCCUGCUGGUGGGAGUUGGUGUCGUCUCUGCAGCUAUCGGUGACCAAAACUUUCCUGGGUGUUGGCCGAAAUGGACCAGCGAUCAUCCCCGACCCGCCUGUGACUGCAGUAAAGCAUCGGGUAGAGACUCUUGGGUUUAUGGUGAAAGUGGCUCCUUGACUUGCUGGGGUAACCCAGGGAUGGUGUACAAAUUAAUCCCAGAGUUACAGACACAUGCUGAAGCCUCAAAGGGCUGCAACAAUUGGGAUGAAGCAGUGUGUGAGGGCGAAUACUUGGGCGGAGUAGACCAACGGCUAUGGAGAACCAGUUUGCUGAACAUCCAAUUUGAUAACGAACUGGAAGGGGGUGUCAUACCAGCCCUCGACAAAGCCUGCAUCGCUCCGAGAACAAACGGGUUCGUGUGGUUCUGGGUCAGCAGGAUCGACUACGGCAAAGUGUCCUUCGUUGAUGGGUCAAGUUCCAAACAAAGCGGCGAAUGCUUGGCUAUCAGAGUCGGUAACGAUGGUAGAAUCUACGGUCGGUAUUUUAGUUGCAAUGAGAAGCUACCAUACUUCAUUAGGAUCACACCAGUACAAAGUCACUAGAGGAACCGAUCUGAAAAUGAAAGGCGAUUGCCUUGACCAACCGUAGAUCCUCUUUCUCAAUUCGAAGUUAAGCGUUGUGCGAAUGAAUCCUCUAGGUUUUAGUUACCACAGGGUCACCCAAAAAGCAUUAUAUAAGAUUAAAGUAUACAUUUACCAUGUCGACCUCUGUUGUUGUUGUUGUCGUUCAUCACGUUUAGGCCAAACUAAUCAAAGAAACACUGAUAAAUAGGCAAAACGAGUUCAUCGAGAAAAUUACGGGUAAACAUUGGCCUUUUCGAAACUAAAUAAAAAUCGAUUUGACCAUUGCUAUUUUGGACAGCCUUAUUUUUCUGUGGCAUCUAAUUCCGGGGUGUGAUAUAUCAUUUAAUUAGUGAUUGAGAUUUAAUUCAUUUCAAAUAUGAACAUUGCAUUCCCGAAAGCAAUAUUGCCAUACUUAAUUAAUCAACACCAAAUGGUGAAGAUUUGUGCAAAUAAGCAUUGAAGCGUUGACGUCACAAGAUUUUUUCUUUAAAUAAAGGGCUGUUGAAAAUAUGACGUAAAAGAUUUCGCCCUGUGUUUUAAAAUAGUACACGACACAACAAGUUUGACCGCCAUUCAUACCUAUUCUCAUAGUAGAAAUGAAGAUCUUUCAUAUUAUUUUCAUAUUUUCCUGUUGUUUUUUUAAUGUAUAAUAACUACAAACAAUCAGAUUUCACGGUUCAUUUAACUUACUGAUAUGAUAAGUCAACGAGAGAAGUAAUAAAACGGUUGGACACAUAUAA